CUUCCUGUUGAAAGAACUGGUUUUGCUCUAUUUUUCCAAUUUCUUAAUAUAUAUAUCAUAUUAUUGUAUUAAUUUGUUGUUGUUGUUAUUGAACUUAAUUCAGUAACAAAGUAGUAGUACAAGCCAAUUGCUAGCAUGGAAAUUGUUAUUUCAGUUGCCGCCAAAAUAGCAGAGUAUACAGUGGCACCAGUGGGUCGACAGUUGGGUUAUCUGUUUCGCUACUCAGCCAAUGUAUAUAACCUCAAAAUUCGAAUGCAAGAUUUGAAGGAUACCAGAGAAAGACUGCAACAUCGUGUCGACGAAGCUAGAAAUAAUUGUGAAGAAAUUGAAGCUGAUGUUCAAAACUGGCUGAACAACGUUGAUGAAAUAUCCUUGGAGGCUGAAACGUUUCUUAGCCAUGGAGACCAUGCAAAGGCUGAAUGUUCUUCUUGUGGAUCCGUUUUGCAUUUGGUGAUGCGACAUCAAUUCAGUAGGAAAGCAAAGAAGAUGUCAACCGAAGUAUGCGCAGUGGACAAAAAGAAAUUUGACGGGAUACAAAUUUCUUAUCGUCUUCAUCGGCAAGAAAGUUACUCUGCAAUAACCAAAGGCUACAAGACUUUUGAUUCAAGGAAGGGAAUUCUAGCGAGCAUAAUGACAGCUGUAGGGGAUGCUAACAGAAGCAGGAUAGGCUUGCAUGGAAUGGCUGGAAUUGGCAAAACUAUGCUUGCCAAUGAAAUUGCUAGACAAGUUGUGAAAGAUAAGUUAUUUAGUAAGGUGGUUAUCAUAACUAUUUCCCAAACACCUAAUGAAGAAGCGAUUCAACAACAUAUUGCUGAUAUGCUUGAGCUAGAGUUUGGCAAAACAGAUAACACUAAGGGCAAGCGAGCAACACUUCUUAAGCAACGAUUGAAGCCAGAAAAUAAGAUUCUGUUAAUUCUUGACGACAUUUGGAAGGAACUCAAUCUAAAAGAAAUUGGAAUCCACGACGAGUGCCAGAUGCUACUAACCUCUAGAACUCGACAUGUUUUACGCAACUCAAUGGGUGUUGCUGAGAGUAAUGUGUUCUUUCUUCAACCUUUAGACCCAUUGGAAGCUACAAGUUUGUUUAAGAAAAUCAUUGGAGAAAUAGUUGAAAAUGCAGAUUACAAAUCUUUGGCAUGCCAAAUUGUUGCGGAAUGUGCGGGCCUACCAGUUUCCAUUGCUACAGUGGCACAUGCUUUGAAAUGCAAUAUGGAAUUGUUCAUAUGGCAGGAUGCAUUGCAUCGACUACGGAGUUCGGGCUUCAUGGUGAUCGAGGGAAUGGAUGAGAAAGUCUACUUGAGUAUUAGGUUGAGUUACGAUUUUCUUGGAAUUCAUGAGGAGGCCAAAUCAUUACUAUUGCUUUGUGCUUUACAUAAAGAAGAUGCAGAAAUAGAAGUGGAAGACCUGAUGAGAUACAGUGUGGGUUGUCGCUUGCUUCAAGGUGUCAACACAGUGAAAGAGGCAAGGAAUAGGGUGUAUUCAUUGGUUGAUAAAUUGAAAUCUCAUUGUCUGUUGCUGGAUGGUAGGAGUAAAAGUUAUGUGAAGAUGCACGAUGUUAUUCGCGAUGUUUGCAUAUUAAUUGCAAAGGAAGAUGAACAUAGGAUGAAUAGCAUUACUAGUGCUACUACGUAUGAGGAAUUUGUUUUGCUUGAAAGACAUAAAGCGUCUAAUGCAAUUUCCUUUCUUGACUAUGAUGAUUUAAAUAAGCUCCCUGAAAAAUUGGAAUGUCCUACGUUAAAGUUGCUUCUUCUAUCUGGUAGAUCUAUCCAAUCAAUUCCAGUCGACUUUUUUGAACAAACUAAGAAACUUGAAGCUUUGAUUAUGGAUUAUACAAGACUAGAAUCAUUACCAGCAUCCUUUCAUUUGCUUCAAAAUCUCCAAACAUUAUGUCUACGUGGUUCUUCUCUUGAAGACAUAGCUGUGAUUGGUGAAUUGAAGAAUUUAAAAGUUCUUGAUCUCUCUUGGUCUCAUUUCAUUAAGCUGUUGCCAAAAGAAAUAGGACAACUGCGGCAUUUGCAACUGCUAGAUCUACAAAGAUGUAAUGGUUUAAAAGUCAUCGAGCCAAAUGUCAUUUCAAAUUUGACACAAAUGGAAGAGCUCUAUCUGCCAGAAAGGUUUGAGGGAUGGGAGAUUGAAGAGGGCAGUAUGAAAGAAAGAAGAAAUGUCAGUCUUAUUGAGAUAAAGAGUUUGCAACUACUGACAGUUUUAUAUUUGUCCGUAGCAAGUGAAAAUAUUUUGCCAGAGAAGUUAUUUAGUGAAAAGUUGGAGAGAUACCGAGUAUCUAUUGGAGAUGAAUACAGCUGGUAUAAUGAAUUUUCAAGGUGUUUGGAGCUGCUAAAUCUCUCAAAUAUGAAUGAAAUAAAUGCAUCUGGACUUCAAUCAUUAAUUAAAAGGUCAGAAUGUUUAUCACUAGAGAGAUUAGUGGAUGUCACCAAUGUUGUUCAUGAUCUUGAUAAAGAUGGUUUUCCUAGAUUAAAGCAUCUGAGGCUUAUACAGUUAACAAGCUUGGAAAGGAUAUGUCAUGGCAAACUCCCAACAGGCUCCUUCAAUGAAUUGAGAAAGGUGGAAGUGCAGAAUUGUGGUAGAUUAAAGAAUUUGUUCCCUUUGUCCGUCACCAAACUACUUCAUGAGAUUAGAGUAGAAGAAUGUGUGAUGAUGGAAGAGAUAGUCAGCCAUGGGAGAGAAAAUGAAGGCGAUGAUGAAGCUUCCCAUAACAUUGAUGAGUCUUUUCAAUUACGCUCCUUGUUUCUACAUUCUCUACCAAAGUUUGCCCACUUUUACUUCUCCAAGCUGAAGACAACUGGCGAGUCUUCAUUAGUAGAUUAUUCAAAAUCUUUAUUCAAUGAUACGGUUUCAUUUGCUAACUUGGAAAUAUUGAGUUUGGAGGAACUGAAUAUAGAAAAGUUAUGGGCAGAACAACUUCUAUCAAAUUCUUACAUGCAAAACUUAACAAGUUUAGAAGUUGAAAGCUGCCAUAAUUUAAAAUAUAUGUUCUCUUUUACUCUUGCUCAAUGUUUUGUAAACCUGGAAAGCUUAAAAGUGGGUAAUUGUAAGGCAAUGGAAGACAUAUGUGUGACUACAAAGAAAUUUGGAGAAGAAGAAUCUCGGUUGGAAAGGAUUUUGUUCCCUAAAUUAGAAUUUAUUGAGCUUGAUAAGCUUUCAGCCCUCCAAAGAUUUUGCGCUACAGAUUCUUGUAUGGAAUUUCCACAGCUAUUAGAGUUAACAAUAAAAGACUGUCCAAAACUCAAGACAUUUGUUAGCUCUUCAACCAUAUCAAUACAAGUAUUUGUUGACCACAAGGAAGUGAACCAGCUUGUAUCAGCACAACCUUUCUUCAAUGAAAAGGUUUCAUUUGCUAACUUGAAGAUAUUAAGUUUGGAGGAACUGAAUAUAGAAAAGUUAUGGGCAGAACAACUUCUAUCAAAUUCUUACAUGCAAAACUUAACAAGUUUAGAAGUUGAAAGCUGCCAUAAUUUAAAAUAUAUGUUCUCUUUUACUCUUGCUCAAUGUUUUGUAAACCUGAAAAGCUUAAUAGUGGGUAAUUGUAAGGCAAUGGAAGACAUAUGUGUGACUACAAAGAAAUUUGGAGAAGAAGAAUCUCGGUUGGAAAGGAUAUUAUUCUCUAAAUUAGAAUCUAUUGAGCUUGAUGAGCUUUCAGCCCUCCAAAGAUUUUGUACUACAGAUUCUUGUAUGGAAUUUCCACUGCUAUCAAAGUUAAUAAUAAAAGACUGUCGCAAGGAAGUGAACCAGCUUAUACCAGCAGAACCUUUCUUCAAUGAAAAGAUUGCAUUUCCCAACUUAAAGGAGUUGACUGUUUGGAAUUGUAACAAUAUCAAGUAUCUCUUAUCAUCUGUCAUGGCUCGAAGUCUUGUACAACUCAAGAAAUUAAGCGUAAAGAGAUGUGAGAACAUAGAAGAGGUAAUAUACAGUAAUGAGGAAUCAGGUGGUGGUGGAAGCAAAGCAAUAAUAUUUGAAAAACUAGAAUCUCUUCAGCUUGAAUGUCUUCCAAACAUCAUAAAGUUUUGUGAAGGAGAUGGCAUUGAAUGUCCAUUGUUGUCUAAACUGGAGAUACGAGAAUGCCAUAAACUGAAAGAAUUUAUAAGUAAUUCCAUGGGUACAAGAGCAUGUACUGUUAGUGAAGAAAUGGGCAUAGUGGCAGCAUCUAAACAAAGUCUCUUCAAUGACAAGAUUGCAUUUCCCAACUUAAAAGAGUUGACUGUUUGGAAUUGUAAUAAUAUCAAGUAUCUCUUAUCAUCUGCCAUGGCUCGAAGUCUUGUACAACUCAAGACAUUAGAGGUAUUAUUUUGUGAGAUCAUAGAAGAGGUAAUAGUCAGUGAUGAUGAAUCAGGUGAUAAUGGAAGCAAAGCAAUAAUAUUUGAAAAACUAAAAUCUCUUAACCUUAGGAAUCUUCCAAACAUUAUAAAGUUUUGUGAAGGAGAAGGCAUUGAAUGUCCAUUGUUGUCUAAACUGGACAUAUAUUAUUGUCCUAUACUAAAGGAAUUUAUAAGUAAUAACAUGAGUACAAGGGCAUGUACUGUUAGUGAAGAAAUGGGCACGGUGGCAGCAUCUAAACAAAGUCUCUUCAAUGAUAAGAUUGCAUUUCCCAAUUUAAAGGAGUUGAGUGUUUUACAUUGUAACAAUGUCAAGUAUAUCUUAUCAUCUUUCAUGGCUCGAAGUUUUGUACAACUCGAGAUAUUAGAUGUAUCUAGAUGUGAGAACAUAGAAGAGGUAAUAGUCAUUGAUGAGGAAUUAGGUGGUGGUGGAAGCAAAGCAAUAAUAUUUGAAAAACUGGAAUCUCUUCAGCUUGAAUAUCUUCCAAACAUCAUAAAGUUUUAUGAAGGAGAUUGCAUUGAAUGUCCAUUGUUGUCUGAACUGAAAAUACGGAGUUGUCCUAAACUGAAGGAAUUUAUAAGUAAUUCCAUGGGUACAAGGGCAUGUCCUGUUAGUGAAGAAAUUGGCAUCAUGAUAACAUCUAAGCAAAGCCUCUUCAAUGACAAGAUUGCAUUUCCCAAUUUAAAAGAGUUGAUUGUUUGGAAUUGUAAUAAUAUCAAGUAUCUCUUAUCAUCUGCCAUGGCUCGAAGUCUUGUACAACUAGAGACAUUAUGGGUAUGGGGAUGUGAGAACAUAGUAGAGGUAAUAGUCAGUGAUGAGGAAUCAAAUGGUGGUAGAAGAAAUGCAAUAAUAGUGACUGAUAUGCCGAAUCAUGUGUUUGGGAACCGAGAUUAUUAUAAUCAUGAUGAGAAAAGCCAAAUAGAAGCAGAGACUGAAUACCAUCACUUAGUUUUUCAGAGACUGGAGACAUUAGAUCUUAAGGAAUUACCAAGUCUCAAAAGCUUCUACUCAGGAAAUAGAGUUAUGAGUUUCCCAAAUUUGACAUGUUUAUCUUUGGCUAAUUGCCCAAAGAUAAAGAGAUUUUCACAUGGAGUCAUAAUUACCUCUACAUCAUUGACAAUCACGGUUGACAAUAAAUUAAAAAUCUUGGAGAAAGAUCUUAAUACAACCAUAAGAAAACAACUUUUGGAAGAUGAUUCUGAUUUGGGAUUACGACAUUUAUUCGUUCAAGAAAUGAUCUCAAAGACACUUGAAGAACUUGAGAAAGCAGCAGCUAAAGCUUGUUAAUGCAAUCAGAGAAGCUAGAAUAAUGCUAAAAUACUUUUAAUAAAUUCUUUCUCAUGGAAAAUGAAAACAUUUCCAUAGAAUAGAAUAGAAUAAAAAUACUUGUUUCAAUUAAAUGUUUGGUACUGUAAAAUUGAAACUCUUUUGGGUGGUGGCACUUUGUUUAAUUAAGCAUUAAGCUUCAAAAGUU